AUGGCUUUAGAAGACAGCAUGGACUUCGAGGACCACAGGAGACGCCAAUCGGCCUUCUCAGAGCUUCUCCUUAGGCACCUGGUGACAGAGCCAUCGCUUCACGUGCUCGAGGCAGGGGUGAAGGAGCUCUUCAAAGAUGCUAGAAUUUUCGUCAUGCACAGCGACGCCCUGGAGCAGAUCCAGGACGGGGUUAGCCUGCUCGCGGAGUACGGGGAGAAGGCGCUCAGCGGAUUGAAGAAUGGGGCCUCUGAGCUUCCGACCCCCGUCCUUGAGAAGGCGGACAUGGAAGAAAUCCUCGACGCCUGCUUGCGGACCACGGCCUACCUGGCCGUUUCAAGAGAUCACCACAAGGUCCAGCUGGAUUUGAGGGUGGCUGCCGACGUUGACAAGAGCGUCAAGACCUACCGCUUGUGGCUUAGCCAGAUGACGCGGGCGUGCUUGAUCCACGCUCUCCACCCCGACGAGGACGAUAGCGUUAUCCUCAGGGUUUCCUACGCAAGGCCGGGGUUGAUGAGGGUGGGGAUAGAAGCGGUUUGGAGAGUCGCGGGGUCAAGGGAAGGAGGCGGGGGCUCCGGGGGUGAUGGAACUUCUGCGGAUCAGCGGGAAGCGCCGAGGGUGCUGUCUGGGUGGGAUCGAGACAUGCCAGCGGCUGCGUGGUGGGUUCGCGCGGCGGCUCUAGCCCUGGGGGGCGAGGCUGACUACGACAGGUCCAGAGACAGGGAGGGGUUCCACGAGCUCUGGUUUACCAUCCCGGCAGAAAACGUCCCCGACGACGAUGAUCUUGAGCUCGACACCCCCGUCAGUGCACGAGAUACAGCCACGGCCGCCGCCGCCGCCGCUGCUGCUACCGGUGGUGAAGGACCACCGGCUGAGCUACCAGACGCGGGAGCAUCAUCGGUGCUUUCUACCCGCGGCGGCAGCACUUCCGGCAGGACACGCUCCUCUCGUCUCGGCGAGAUCGACAAGCAGGGAGAAGGAAGCGUUUCGUCGACGGCGGCGGGAGCGGACGAAGAGAGAGGGGGGCUUGACAUGACGGCGCCGAGGGCGGCCCGCCGCGAGUCGAGUCGAAACCCAACGCUGGAACCUUUAUCGUCAGCGCACAAGACAGGGGCGACAGGAGCAGGAGCAGCUGCGCUUCCACGGCCAGGGGCUAUGGCCGCAUCACCUACAUUUGUCAACCCGUCGCCACGCCUGUCUUCGUCGGCGCCAUCUUCCCUCCAUGGCUUGCCGGCUGCAAAGAAGAGGGGUACUAUACUCCCGGCCAUCCAAGACACCGAGAUCUCUCUGGAAGGCAGCCAGACGACCAAUGUCAUGGAGUUCGAUAGUGAUGACCGCGCAAGAAGCAGCAGAAAGAGCGUGGGUGGCGCCGGCGGGACUGACCGCAACACUAUCGGGCACGGGUACCGGUCGAGCCUUGGCGGGACAAUCGUCGGCAGCAGUGGCCGUGGUAAGAGCGUGUCGGCGAGGCCCAACGUCCCACGUUUGGAAGACAUUCGAGUGUCUAGGGUGGCGACGGAUUGUGGUUUCAAUCCAGACGAACAUGCCAACAGGAGGCCUUCCAGCGCCCCGGACCCUACCGCCGCCGCCGCCGCAUGGUCAGGGGAAACCAACAUCGGAGAAACCACCGCAGCUGCCUCCGUGGCAACUACGUCCACCCCCGUCGACCGAAUAUCACGAUCCUCGCCAAACUCGCCAAAGCGCUUCGCGGCGGGAGGGGAACGGACCUCAAAGCGAAGAUCGCUCAGCAUCACCGUUAGAAACCUCCUUGGAACCGAGGGCGGCCUCGACAAGCUCAGGGAAAGCCUCCAGGAGGACGAGGCAAACCCGGGCAAGGCCGCGGCCGCCGCCGAGGAGGUCAGGGGCGCGAUGCGAAAAACUGCCGCCGCCGGCGACAAGGGGAACGUGUCGAUGCACAAGCACGAGGCGGUCGCGAGAGCCGCCGGGCAGGGGGCGGCGGGGAUGGCGGCAGCGAGGCUGACUUCGGGGCUGUUCUUGAAACGGCCAUCCUCGGCUCCGUCACCGGCGGCGGCGGUCACAAAGAAGGCGUCCGUUUUCGGGGGCCUGGUCCAGACCCUGGUGGAGUCCAACAGCAUGAAUUGGCUGGGGACAGGAAAGGUCGCGAGUAACAUCUCGGAGGAAAGGGAGGGAGACACGGGAGACAGCGAGGAGGACACGGAAGAGAGUGAGCAAACUCUCGAGAUCCUCCUGGUGGAUCCGCAGGGCUUGGUUCGAUGGGCACUCCCCCGCCUCAAGGAAAGAAAUUUCUUUGUCACGGUGGCGCACUCGGCCGAAGAAGCGAUGGACAUGAUCCUCGAGGGUUACUAUCAGGUAGCCGUGGUGGACCUUCACAUGCCGAGAAUGUCGGGCACGGAAUUUUGCCGGAGAGUGCGCGCCCAUGAGCUCGAAGUCGCCACUUCCAUUCGCUCCAUGAACACUAGCGGCCGAGCAGGGCAGGAGGGAGAAGAGCUGAACGAGCCCGGGCCUUCGACGAAGCUGCUGCUUCAUACCACGUCCGCCGGGAGCGUCACGUUUGACGAUCUGGAGGCAUUCCUGGAGGAAGACCUUGUGGACGAGUACGUUCCCCACCCGCUAGACCUCGGUACCCUGUUCGACUUCCUCAAGCUCUUCGAGGAGGAGGACGACCAGUACGGCACUCGGAAGAUGAGCGCGCUGCUCGAGGGAGGCGCCGACAAAUCCAAUGGUGGGGAUAGCACGAACACCGUUUCGAAAUAUUGUCAAUCUCAUUCUCGGAGAAAGUGGCUCACAACCAGCCUUUGUCUUCUCCAGGCAAUGGAGCCGCCCUACUCAGCCGCGGCGUGUUGUUGA